GCAGCGCCGCUUUCCUUGGAUUUCACAGGAGGGAGUGCUCUUCAACGUGGACGUUUCCAUUUGGGAUUUGUGGAAUUUGAGCGUCUUUCCUUUUCAUGUCAAAGUGUUCCUGUGAGGAAAACUGCUGUAAUUCGCGUUUUAUUCCUUUUUCAUAAUCCUGGUGCCUCGGUGCGGUUUCUCUGCAGCGAGGAACCACUCUCCGACCACGCUUUGCUGCACCGUUUUUGCCGUAGUACGCAUGCGCCAAAGACGCCUUCACGAACAGUCUGAAAAGGGGAUUUUUUUUCCCCCGGUGUACAUAAACAAACCAAUUAACGAGCUACAGCGAGGAUGCAACUGGUUGCAAUGCAUGAUGAACCUCUUAAUGAUUUACGACACGAUGGCUCUCUGGAUCACUAGCCUGUAAAAUGUUCAUGCCAAGAGCCCUUAAAGUGAAGCGCCCAGCAGAAGAUCCCAACCUAACGUUGAAGAAGAAGAAAGUUCAGGUGGAUCAAGAUCAGGAGAAUGAGGAAGGAGCUUCCAAGACACAUGCUGAUCAGGAGUACAGAGACAGCACGAUUGAAGAUGGCAGAGUAAAAGCAGCUGUAGAGCUCAAUGCUUUGGAUGAAAUCCCACAGGAGGAAGAAGAGAAUGAACCAGUCAAAUCAUUCCGAAAGAGUCAGAGAUGGCCAGAGCCAGGAGAACCUAUCUGUGUGAUGUGUGGUCGCUACGGCGAGUACAUCUGUGACAGCACCGACAAUGAUGUUUGCAGUCUGGAAUGCAAAGCCCGUCACUUGGCCCAAAUGGGCUUGGGCACUGGAGCGCAAGCCUUUAACCCAAAGGACACGAGUGGAGACAAACGGACUACACAGGAUCAACCUGCGGGCGCUUCUGUAAAUACAUUUGAAUUGAAGUAUUCUUACCAAGAGGAUACAUUCAUAUCAGGUCUAACUGAUGAGCAGGUGCAGAGGAUUAAACAGGAACUAGGCAUUGAAACCCAAGGAAGAGAUAUAAGGAGGCCCAUUGUAGAGUUUGAACACUGUGGCUUUCCACUUAGUCUUAACAGCAACUUGAAGAAGGCCGGCUACGAGGCACCCACACCAGUACAGAUGCAGAUGCUGCCUGUUGGUCUGAGUGGCAGGGAUGUGAUCGCCAGUGCUGACACGGGCUCAGGAAAAACCAUAGCCUUCCUGCUGCCAGUUAUACUACUGGCAAUGAAGGAACAAAGUCGGAGUGCGUGCAGCCCCGUGGCUCUUAUCUUGACACCCACCAGAGAGCUGGCCAUUCAGAUAGAGAGACAGGCCAAGGAAGUGGUGGUUGGCCUGCCUAAUAUGAGAACCGCUCUGCUGGUGGGCGGCAUGCCCCUCCCCCCACAGCUUCACCGCCUAAAGAGCAGCAUCCAAAUUGCCAUAGCAACACCAGGGAGACUCCUUGAGAUUUCCAAGCAGAAGGCUGUGCAGUUGGAUAAAGUGAAGAUUGUUGUGGUUGAUGAGGUUGACACUAUGCUAAAGAUGGGCUUCCAGCAGCAGGUGCUAGAAGUUUUAGACCAUGUCCCCGAAGUCCACCAGACCCUACUGGCGUCAGCCACCAUCCCAACGGGGACGGAGGAGUUGGCGUCCCGGUUGGUGCGUGACCCAGUCCGCAUUGCUGUAGGAGAGAAGAACCAGCCCUGUGCCAACGUCAGGCAGAUCCUGCUGUGGGUGGAGGAACCCUCCAAGAAGAAGAAAUUGUUUGAGAUUCUCAAUGACAAUAAGUUAUACCAGCCCCCAGUGGUGGUGUUUGUCGACUGUAAACUUGGUGCUGAUCUGCUGUGUGAAGCGGUCGCCACGGUGACGGGCCUCAAUACAGUGGCAAUCCACUCUGACAAGAGCCAACUGGAACGUAAUCGCAUCCUCAAGGGUCUUCUGGAUGGGGACUUUGAGGUGGUGAUCAGUACAGGUGUGCUUGGUAGAGGACUGGACUUGGCAAAUGUUCGACUGGUGGUUAAUUUUGAUAUGCCAAACACCAUGGAUGAGUAUGUCCAUCAGGUGGGAAGAGCGGGUCGCCUCGGUCACAGGGGAACAGCCAUCACCUUUCUCAACAACAACAACAAACGUCUGUUCCUGGGGGUGGUCAACAGGGUCAAACCGACUGGAAGCAUCCUGCCCCCACAGCUCCUCAACUCACCUCACCUCUACGAGCAGCAGAGGAGAGAAAAGCAACAGGCCAAGCUGGGGCCUGGCGACACACUGGUGACCAAGACUAACCUCAUCGACAUUAUCAAGAAACACGACAGGCGUAAAAAGUAGUGUGGACAGACAUGCUGAUGAUGUCCGAUGAGUAAAAUGUCAUUGAAAUGCACGUACUGUACUGUACUGUACUCUGUCUCAAUGAGUAUUUGGAAGACUGGCAGAAGGUGUCAGAAGUUUCAGGUCUUUUCCUGAGAUGUGGAUAUUUUCUGUCAGUUGUGCCGUGAAGUCGCCUACAUCCUUCAUCGUUGAUGCUGAUGGUGUUUGACCAGUACUGUGUAGAGCUGAUCAACUUGAAUUAGCAAUCGUACGCUGGGAUGGAAGCAGAGGACUGAAGGUUGCCCAAUAUCCGUCCAUCCACUUUCAAUACCAUACAAGAGGUUGGGGUACGCCCUGGACUGGCCAUCAACCACAGGACAACUAUUCACAAGCACAUUCACACCUAUUGAGGACAAUUGAGUCUCCAAUUCACCCAACAUGCCGGGUUUUGGUUUGUGGGAAGAAGCCAGAGUACCCAAAACAGUUGGGGAGAACAAGGACCUGUACAUUCUACAGAGAGUUUGAUAAAACUUUGUCAGUUGCAAGAAAGGUGUUUUUCCUUGAAAAACAAAGACAUGUCUAAGUGAUCCCAAACUUGUGAUUGGUUUUUGAUUGUUUUCCUGGUCUGUGUUUAGUUUCCUUGGAAAUAAUAUAAUAAUAAUGACACAG